AUGGACAUCAUCUUCGCCGGUGGCGGAACCGCAGCUUGUGUCGCUGCUGGCCGUCUGGCCAAGGCGAACCCGGACUUGAAGAUCCUCAUCAUUGAGGGCGGAAGGAACAACUACAAUGACCCGACCGUGACGAAUCCGGCUUUGUACCUGAGUCAUCUGGCACCGGAUUCUCAGACUGCCCUCUUCUACCAGGCCAAGAAGUCGGAGCAUCUCAAUGGUCGCGAAGCUGUCGUGCCCAUGGGUGGCAUUCUCGGAGGUGGCUCGUCGAUCAACUUCAUGAUGUACACUCGCGCCCAGGGCGUGGACUUUGACGCCUGGAAGACGCCCGGGUGGAGUGCGAAGGAAUUGCUGCCCCUCUGCAAGAAACUGGAAACCUUCCACCAGGAUGAAGAGGGGAUCGACCGGAACAAGCACGGCUACGAUGGACCGAUCCACAUCAGUGACGGCGGCUUCAGGUGCAAGCGUGGUGAGUCUGGCUGGAUCGACACAGUGAAGAAAAUGGGCUACAAGGAGAUCGUGGACUUGCAGGGUCUGGACGAUAAUGAUGGGUUUUCUAGGUGGCAACGCUAUGUCUCGAAAGACGGCAAACGACAAGAUGCCGCCCACUGUUACAUCCACCCUCUGCUUCAGGACGGCGAGCAUCCGAACCUCCACCUGCUAGUCCAGACCAAGGUCGUCCGCGUCCUCUUCGAUACCUCCAAGACCCCUACCCGAGCCAUAGGAGUCGAGUACAGGCCCACUGAGACCCAUCAGCCCACCAUCGCACUCAGCAAGCCCGUACACCAGACAGUCAUGGCCAAGAAGAUGGUCAUCGUCUCCGCUGGAGCUUUGGGCACGCCUCAGAUCCUCGAGCGUUCGGGCGUUGGCGGCGCUGGUCUGCUGCAGAAACUCGAUAUCCCGGUGGUCGCUGAUGUCUCAGGCGUAGGGGAGAGUUACCAAGAUCAUCAUUUGAUCUUGUAUCCUUACAAGACGUCCUAUGGGCCGGAAGAUACCCUGGACCGGAUCCUGAGUGGCCGCACGAAAUUUGAAGAUGCGGUCGCGAACAAAGAUCCAAUCCUGGGCUGGAAUGCGAUAGAUGUCUGCGGCAAGAUCCGCAUGCCCCCCUCCGCAGUCCGAUCAUUUGGCCCUUCGUUCCAAAAAGAAUGGGAGCGCGACUUCGGGUCCUCCCCGCAACGACCCGACAUGCUCGUCGGCAUGGUCAACGCCUUCCUAGGUGAUCCGUCGGUCGUCGAGCCUGGCCAGUACAUGUCCAUCGGCGCCUACACAGCCUACCCCUACUCCCGCGGCAGUAUCCACAUCAAUUCCGCCGACAAUGUCACGAACGGCUAUGACUUUGACGCUGGGUUCUUCAAUCAUCCAAGCGACGUCAAGAAGCAGCUCUGGGCGUAUAAGAUGAGCCGCGAGAUCGCGCGGAGGCUGCCGCAGUAUAGGGGCGAGUUGGAGCUGGGACAUCCAAGGUUUAAGGAAGGGAGUAAGGCGGCGCUUACGGAUCUGAGCGGUGGCAAGGAUGGUGGUCCGGUCCACGGCGACCGCCAGCAAACCAACGGCACCACCAACGGCGACCACGGCGCUGCGGAUGUGCAGGACAUCGACUACAGCGACGAAGACGACGCCGCCAUCGAAGACUGGCUGCGCGGCAACAUCAACACGACGUGGCACUCGUGCGGCACGUGCGCGAUGCGGCCACUCGAGGACGGCGGUGUCGUGGACGGGCGCCUCAAUGUGUACAAGACCGAGGGGCUGAAGGUGGUGGAUCUGAGCAUCAUGCCGGAGAAUGUGGCGGCCAACACGAAUAAUACGGCGUUGGUGGUCGGGGAGAAGGCAGCGGUGUUGAUUGCCGAGGAGUUGGGGGUGGAAGGGGUUUGA